AUGAAUAAGAAUAAUUCAAAGGAACAAUAUGGUGCUGAAGGUGAAUAUCAUUGGGUAACCAUGCCAUUCUCUGAUGUCAAGUACAAGAUGACCAUCGUCGCUGUCAAGAAUCAAGCUCAUCAACAAACACUUGAUGGAUGGGUUGCUCAAAAAUUGAAUCAAGGAAUAGACACUGCCUUCCCAACAGUAGAAACUAAACUCGGCUCAUUUGCCUUCCCUAAAUUCGAACUCUCUCAAGGAAUGGAAUUGAGCGACAUUUUACAAAAUGCUCCAUUCAACAUUAAGAAACCAUUUACAAAUGAGGCCGAUUUCUCUCACCUCCUCCAAAAGGAAAGUAUCUUUAUUGAUAAAGUCAUUCAUAAGGCAUCUAUUAAGGUUGAUGAAGCAGGUGCUGAGGCUAGUGCAGCAACUGCUAUUGUGAUGAGAUGUUUGAGUUAUGAUCCAAAUGAAAUUAGAUUUGUGGUCAAUUCACCAUUUGCAUUUGUGUUGACUGAUGAUUCUAGUAAGACUGUUCUUUUUGUUGGUAAAGUCAACAAGUUGUAA